AUGGUGACUCCCGUGCGACAUAGUUCUCGUCUUGAACACUUGUCCACUUCGCCUCCUCGUGAUCGAUCCAAACGAAAAGCGGCACAAGGUGCCUUCUAUACCCAGUACUUUGCCGAGGGAGAGUUGAGUGAAGAUGAGGACGUAUACCAAGCAACACAGCCCGAUGAUGAAGAGGAAGAAGAAGAAGAAGAAGUCCAGCGACCUGUACGUGUGACCCGAAGUGGAAGACGAACUCGCAGCUAUGCUGAGCAGGAUUGGAACAAUGAAGAAGACGAGGAAGAGACGAAUGAAGAGCCACGCAUCCGUCCUCGUCGAUCCACCCGCGUCAGUAAAAGCUUGCGAGAUUUUGUUGCAACGGAUGACGAAGAGGAAGAAGAUGAUAAUGCCGACUAUGAAGAAACAGUUCGCCUCCGCCACGCAAAUGAGCGUGCAGAACGCGCGCGGCAACGCCAAAACUUAAUGCAACUAGCCGCAAUGCGGUCACAAGGCCGUGAAGAGGAUGACUAUGAGGACAUCCAUGUCAAGCGUCGUGAGCGCAGAAUGCACGCACGCUCAUCAUCUACGCCAUCGAAUGGAGAAAGUGAUGACCACGGAGACGCAUUGCCUGAGCACCGUUCUUACAGCUUCCGUGCACGCAAAAAGGUCAAUUACUCGCUUCUUCCUCCACCACCAGAGCCACUCCGCGAUGGAUUUGGUCGCCGAAUUCGUCGGGGCUCCCGAGGCAGAGCAUCGAGUCGUGACCAAGACGUUCAGGAUCAUACUCCUGACAAUAGUAUCUUUCCACCGCGGCUUCCCACUUUUCCUUACACGUCACUACCCCGCUCUAUGCAAACGAAAUGGAAUCCUACUUCCAUGCCUACCAUAUCUGGCGCCGAGCUGGUCAAUGCGAUGGAUGAAGCCAUGGAUAGUUCGGACGACGACUUGCCUCGAACUAACCUGGGUGAAACAGCUGGUUCCCGAAUCGGUACUUCGCCCCCCGAAUCUGUGCUAGAAAAUAGCAUGGCAUCUACGAUGGGUGCUGUUUCUUCUUCGACAGAUGCUUUUGGUCGUCUACGGCGCGACAAAGACGCACUAGCCGAUGUCGAUCCGCUGGGUGUUAAUAUGGACAUCGACUUUAACCAGGUGGGUGGUUUGGAAGAUCAUGUGCAGAGGCUUAAAGAAAUGGUCAGUCUCCCGCUAUUGUACCCUGAGGUGUUCCAACGCUUCGGCGUAACACCACCUCGCGGGGUUUUAUUUCAUGGACCUCCAGGCACCGGUAAAACCCUUGUUGCCCGUGCUCUGGCGGCAUCAUGCUCGUCAGAGGGACAACGUAUCAGUUUUUUCAUGCGAAAGGGAGCUGACUGUUUGUCAAAGUGGGUCGGUGAAGCAGAGCGUCAACUACGGCUUUUGUUUGAAGAGGCGAAGCGAGCACAACCGAGUAUAAUUUUCUUUGAUGAGAUCGAUGGAUUAGCCCCCGUCCGGUCAAGCAAACAGGACCAAAUUCAUUCGAGUAUCGUCAGUACGCUUUUGGCUCUUAUGGAUGGUAUGGAUGGCCGCGGACAAGUUGUAGUUAUUGGUGCUACCAAUCGACCAGACUCGAUCGAUCCUGCUUUGCGACGCCCAGGUCGAUUUGAUCGUGAAUUCUACUUCCCAUUACCUUCGCGCGCAGCACGACGAGCCAUCCUCGAUAUACACACCCGCCAUUGGGAUCCUCCUUUGGACGAGCAGCUCAAAAAGGUGCUUUCAGAGGCCACUAACGGAUUUGGUGGAGCAGAUCUACGUGCUUUGUGUACUGAAGCAACGCUGAAUGCAAUUCAGCGUCGAUACCCACAAAUUUACCAUACCAAUACGCGUCUAGUUCUGUCGCCUGAAACUAUUCAGGUUGAUGGUCGCGAUUUUAUGUUGGCGUUGGAGAACAUGGUACCGUCAUCAGCCCGUGCUUCCACCUCUUCUUUCACUCCACUUCCUGCUCAUCUCGAAUCGUUACUAGGCGAUGCACUUUCUAACUGUCAGAAAGUAUUUUCACGUCUUCUUCCCAAGCGUGCUAAACGUAGUGCCUUGGAAGAAGCCAUGUAUGAAAUCGACAUGAGUGAGGUGUCUGACUCCUCUGCGCAUCUUCUAGAAAAAGAACUGCUUCAGCAAUCUUUUGUGCAGGCUCAAGUGCAUCGCCCACGCUUGCUCUUGCAUGGAUCUCAAGGUAUGGGACAGCGCACGUUGGCAGAUGCAUUACUCUAUUCGAUGGAAGGAUAUCAUGUCCGUACGCUUUCCGCUGCCCUAUUGCUGGGCGACAGCUCACAGACACCAGAAUCGAUUCUUGUCCAUCAGUUCCAAGAAGCUAAGCGUCUUGUACCCAGUGUCUUGUACGUGCCAGAUUUGGACCGAUGGCCCUUAAUUUUACCGGAGAGUGUGCGCGGAAUGUUAUCAGCACUACUGAAUGAUCUUUCUCCGUCAGACACCAUCAUGUUGUUUGCUACUUCUGACGUACCAUUCAAGUCACUUCCAAAGGAUCUACAAGCAUGGUUUGGUUUUCUGCCGAGAAACAAGUUUGAGCUGACUUUCCCGGACAUCGAGCAGCGCCGUGAAUAUCUCCGCGAUAUCCUUGUACAGGCUUCGCGGCCUCCUACGCAAUUUGCUGAUGCUAUGCCGCGCCGUCUACGGGUGCUGGAAGAGCUACCAGCAGCGCCGCCUCGUCCACCGCGUAUGCCGACCCAAAUUGAGCUUGAACAGCAGGCUGAAAACGAUGCGCGAUUGUUAGAACAUCUAAAGUUCCGUCUGGGUUCUAUUCUAGCAGAGCUUCGAAAGAAGUUCAAAAAGUUCACACGCGAUGUAUGGGACGAGUACAAUCUACGAGAAUUGAUGGAACAAUUUGAAUGGCACAGGAGCAAAGGACAGAUUACUAUCAAGUUGCGAUACGAUCGGAAUCCGCCACACUUUGAGCUAGAUUCGCCCGAUGUCCAUGCACAAGAUGCAGAGAUACAAUCUCCAGAACCUCUUUCCGUUGCAGGAUCGGUCCGCGACCCCAUAUCAACGGAAGCCAACGAGGAAAAUUCGAUGCAAGUAAACGAAGAAGAAAGUCGUAUUCAAGCACCUGAGACCGUAGCGGUGGACGACGCUUCUACUGAGCAGGAUGGUCAAGAGGGAAGUCGAGUUGUUCAUGAACAACCUGAGCAGGAAGAGACUGAGUACAUUAUCCGCGACUUCACUAUAUAUACUAUGACCUUGGACAAGAUGCAAAAACGUUUAUACCACAACCAGUACCUUACAAGUGAUGCAUUUAUGGAUGAUCUUCAAAAAAUUGUUACAAAUGCGGAGGUGGCGAGCGAUGUUGAUGCUGAUCGUAUGUUCCGUGCGCAUCAAAUGCAAAAUCUCGCUAAAAUUAUGAUGGAUCCAUACGUGGAUGCUACAUUCCGUGCCGAAUGUAAACAGAUGGAACGUCGUGUCGUGGCUCGCGAAGAAGAGAUGCGUCGCGAAGCGGAGAAACGGAAAGAGCAAGAAUCUCACUCGCGACGUCUCAAUGGUCAACGAUACAGCGCACGUGUUCAGGGUGAGGAGCCAGAAGCGCACUGUUUAGUUGACGUAUCAACGAUUGAGCGUGCACACAAAAGAGCACGUUCGCAAGGUCAGGAAGAGCGUGCCACCGGUUCUGCCGAGCUAGACGCGGUACCUAUGGAUGCGGAGGACCAUGGAGUGAAGCGAGUAAGACUAGAUGAUGCAACAAAUGUGCCUGAGGGUGAAAUGGCACGAGCCAGUGCCAAUGAGGGCAUGACACCUGUUAACCACGACAAAUACCCUUCUGUCCUUUUAAAUGAAGCGGCCCAGGCUUCAUUACUGGAUACAAUGACUGCUUGCACUGAUGGGUUCACAAUUGAGCAAUUGGAGCUUACACGAUCUCUAUGUUAUGAAAGAGUAUUAGCACAUCGAUCCUCAUGGGAUCGUUCAGCCUUGGCUCAGGAAUUAAAGCAAGUUGUCCAAGGCAUCCAUAGCACAGUGCAAGACAACAAGUAG